AUGAACAGCUUUAUUACGAUCGCUCUGUUGGCUGUGGUUGGUGUGGCCAUUGCGGCACCCUCGAAGUACGGCCACGCCGGAGGUCAUCAUGGAGGUGUUGUGCCCGGACCGGCUGUGGUUCACACCUACCCGGCAGUAGCGCCGGCCGUCAAGUGCGGCCAUAGUCUGCUGGUGAGCUGCGAUCCUCAUCAUCAGCCCGUGCCGUGCAAGGCGGCCGCUCACGGCCAUCACGAGGGCCACGGUGGAUACGGACAUCACGCACCUGCCCCAGCUCCGGCCUAUCACCACGCUCCUGCCCCGCAUUACGCCCCGGCUCCGGCCUACCACGCGCCGGCCGAACAUGGCGGCGAGUACCGUGCCAAGCACCACAAGAAGCAUCACAAGAAGCAUCACGGACACAAGGGCAAGAGCGCUGACAACGUUGGCGAAGCGAUCGACAGCAGCUCGGAGACGAUGUAA